AGAUUUCCUAGAAAUACAACUUCCUGCUUGCAGCGAUAUUUUUAUCCAAUCAAUGAAUGCUCCCGGGACUAUAUAACGCAGGGGGUGAACGGAACAGCCACAAUUGUACUAUUCGUAGUAGCGUGUUCUCUAGAUCUACCUGUUCAUAUUUCAAGAAAGGGUCAAAGACAAUGGCAGCUCCAGCCGUCCGUCCCGAGAAUGUCAAAAUCACAAUAGAGGGGAAAGAAGCCCUGCCCGCCGUGUUCUGCAAGAACAGCCAGUCCAAGAUGGGCAUCGUUGUUCUGCAGGAAUGGUGGGGGUUGAACCAACAGAUCCAAGACGAGGCUGCCGAGAUAUCCAAAGACGGUGGCUUCUCCACGAUCGUUCCCGAUCUUUACCGAGGCAAGUUGGCGACCGACAACGAAGAAGCAAACCACCUCAUGGGCGACUUGGACUGGCCCGGCGCUAUUGCAGACAUCAAAGCGUGCGCCAAGUACCUGCUGUCUAAUGGCUGCGCCAAAGUUGGGGUGACUGGAUUCUGUAUGGGAGGAGCUCUCAGCAUGGCAUCUGCAGGUCUGAUCCCCGAGGUCACGGCGGCAGCUCCAUUCUACGGCAUCUGUGGAGACGGCUUGUGCGAGCCUUCCAAAAUCACCAAACCUCUCCAAUGCCAUUUCGGUGCUAAUGAUGCAGUUGCCGGAUUCUCUUGUCCGGAAUCCCAGGAGAAGCUCAAGAAGAAGCUGGAUGAGGGCAAGGUGCCGUAUGAAUUCUACAGCUACGAUGCCGGUCACGCCUUCACCAACAAAACAGGCCCGAACUUCAACGAGGAGGCAUGCAGCACAUCCCUUAGAAGAAUGUACGAAUUUUUCAGGAAGCAGUUGAGCUAGACUCAAUGAAACAGCUGUCUGUGGUAAUCGACGCUGAUUCUGGGACUAGAAUCUCUUGUAUGGGUUAUGAUUGACUCCGCUGUGGCGUCACAUGGUCAUGUUCAACCAGGGCUUAAAUCAGCAUAUCUCCCACUUCCUUCAAUGGCAUUUCAUCUUGAGUGUUAUGACACAUACACAUAUUUAUUGGUUGAUAAAUAACACGUACGUGUAUACUCGGUGAAUCAGAUUUAGGAUGAAAGAAAUGUCAUCACAAUGUUGUUGGCAGUUUAUAAAUUUUCCGUUGUUGUUGUAUUAUGACUUUGAUUCUGAAUAUUUGCGGCUUCUAUGGCUUCUGUAUGUGUACAGGUGGCAAUAAAACUACACUCGAUAUACUCA